GGCUGAUCAUACAAAUGAGUUAUAUCAGGAAAUUAAAGAUGCACUUCACAGAAAAGAUGAACACCAGCUAAAGCUGAUACUCCAAAGAACACAAAGAUGUCCUGCAUAUACACUUUUGUUUUAUAUUGCUAGACUUAAGAAACUGAGUAAAGAAACAUUGGAUCUAACAGUAGAAAAAGGUGCUGAUGUCAAUGCAAGGGACAAUAAUGGCAUGACUGCAUUGAUGCAUGUUUGUAGCAAUGGCUCUCUCGAAUAUAUACAGUGGUUAAAAGAGUAUGAUGCAGAUAUCAAUGCAAGAGACAAUAAUGGUAAAACUGCACUUAUGCAUGCAUGUGAGUCUCGCUCUCUGGCAUGUACACAGUGGUUAAUAGAACAUGGUGCAGAUGUCAAUGCUAGGAACAGUAGUGGUAUGACUGCAUUGGCCAUUGCUUGUCAUUCUGGCUUUAUGGAAUGUACACAGUUGUUAACAGAUAAUGGUGCAGACGUCCAUAUUGUUGACAAUAAUGGUACUACUACACUGAUGUAUGCUUGUGAAUUUGGCUCUCUGAAAUGUACACAGUGGAUAACAGAGUGUGUUGCAGAUGUCAAUACCAGGCAGAAUAAGGGUAUGACUGCAUUGAUGAAGGCUUGUGCCUCUGGCUCUCUGGAAUACACUCAGUGGUUAAUAGAGAAUGGUGCUGAUGUCAAUGCUAGGGACCAUGGUGGUAUGACUGCAUUGCACUAUGCUUGUCAGUCUGGUACUCUGGAAUGCAGACAGUGGUUAGUAAGGCAUGGUGCAGAUGUCAAUGCUAGGGACAGUAUAGGUUGGACUGCAUUGAUCUUUGCUUGUUACAGGGGAUUUCCUGAAUGUACACAGUGGUUAACAGAUCAUGGUGCAGAUAUCAAUGCAAGGGAAAAUAAUGGUGAGACUGCACUGAUGUAUGCUUGCAAGUCUCCCUCUCUGGAAUGUACACAGUGGUUAACAGAGCAUGGUGCAGAUAUCAGUGCUAGGGACAGUCAUGGUAACACUGCAAUGAUGCAUGCUUGUAAGUCUUACUCUCUAGAAUGUACAAAGUGGUUAACAGAGCAUGGUACAGGUAUCAAUGCUAGUAACAAUUCUUGUUGG